CAAAAAUCUAAUCAGUUCAUAGCAAAAGUUGUAAGACAACAGAUUCGGCAGCAAAUUGGAUUUUAAUUUAUUGAAAAAAAUAAGAAAAAUUUUUGUUAUAAAUGUUAAAUAAAAAAUCAUUUGAUUUAUAUAAAGAUGAAAAAAAGACCAAAACUACUGAAAGAUUAUAUCAACCUAAGAAGUUUCGUUGGUGUAAAUAUAUUGUUUUGCCUUUAUUAUUUGGUUUCAUUUUAUUAUUGAUUUUAACAAAUGUCGAUUUUACCGGUGAAGCCUAUAAUAAAAAUCAGAAUUAUGUUGAAGAAAAUACCAGAAUGUUUUCACCGGAUCAAAGUUUUGCACAACCGGAUGACAGAAUUUAUUCAUCGGAUAAAACCAUUAUGGGCUCUUUAGGACAUAUAAAAUCCUCAAUAUCACGUGCAUUAAACUGCAUACAAUCUACGGAUAGCUGUUCUCUCACUUGUGUUGGUGGUAAUAUCAAUAAUAUUUACAAACAAUUGGAACCGCUGUAUAAAUCAUGUAAUAAAGAUUUAGAUUUAAUAUUGAUUGAUUGUUCAUUGCCCUCGAGUAGACUGAAGGCCAGUUUCUUUCAAGGCAAUUAUUAUUUAAAAACAAUCAAUUUUACCAAUUGUAAUUUAGCCGACAUCGAUAAUCAAGCAUUUGCCCAGAAAUCUGUUAAAAAUCUAAGAAAUUUAACACUAAUCAAUACAAGUUUUUCAACAUUAGAUAUGAGUACCUUUGAGGGUUUACAGCGAUUGGAGUAUUUCUAUUUGCUCAAUAAGAUAACCUGGUCUACAUUUAAGGGUGAUGGAUUUUUAUUUUAUUUUUCUGACACCCUUACCUCGUUGGUCAUACAGCAAGAGGCUUCCAAAUCUACUGUUUACGAUCCUUUGCCUUGGCUACAGGGUGCAGCAAUGAAACGUUUGACCUUCGUAAACUUGGCUAAUAAUAACUUUCAAAAUAUUUUACACAACAAAACUUUUGCAACUUUAACUGCUGUACAAUAUUUGGAUUUAUCAUAUUGUUCGCUAACUUUUCUAGAAGUCAAUGUUUUUGAUAGCAUUCUUAAGAGCCUCAAACAUUUAGAUUUAAGUAAUAAUCAUUUGGCCACAUUGCCGUCAGAAAUGCUAAGGCAGAUGAGUGGUUUAGAGUUAAAUUUAUCCUUUAACUAUUGGUUAUGUACCUGUAAUAAUAAAGAAAUGUUGCAAAUCAUUAAAUGGAAAUUGGUGGACUUGAAACUUUUGGAUGAAAGAAAUAUCAAAUGUUAUACACCAACAGAAUGGCGGGAUGUACCGGUCAAUGAUUUAGUUUUAGAUUGUUUAGUAAGCACUACGUUGGGUAUAAGCUGGACUACUGGUGGUGAAAUUACGGAAGAAUCAACAGAAAAUACAUCCGAAACUACAACAGUAAUACCAACAACCGGGUGUCUGGAUAAUUCCACUAUAACAACUAUAACCUCAGGUGAAAUUAGCACCACUAGUGACUCCAGCAGUAGUGAAUCCAGCAGCAGUAGUCAGACAUCUGAAGAGACAAAUGAAACAUCAGGAGAAAGUUUUGACACAACAACAAAAAUUUACACAACUACUACACCUAAGACAACUACACCCACCACUACUAGGACAACUAUAUUUUAUACGACAACCACUACAAAACGGCCUACAACCACCCGCCUAUUUCUGCAACAGCAAUAA